CAGAAGACCAGCCAGCAGUCAUAAUCAGUGAAGAAUUUCUUUUCACGUACCACCCCAUCAGAGGCUGCCACGCCAAGGAUAACUAAGCUCUGGGUCUCCAGUAUGGAAGUGGAGAACCAGACACAGGUCACCAAGUUCAUUCUGGUGGGAUUCCCCGGGAACUUGAGUAUGCGUGCAGCUGUGUUCCUGAUGUUCCUUGUGGCCUACUUUCUGACAGUGGCUGAAAACGUGAUCAUCAUCCUAUUGGUGCAGCAGAAUCGGCCACUGCACAAGCCCAUGUACUUCUUCCUGGCCAACCUGUCCUUCUUGGAGACCUGGUACAUCUCUGUGACUGUGCCCAAGUUGUUGUUUAGUUUCUGGUCUGCGAGCAACAGCAUCUCCUUCACUCACUGUAUGAUACAACUUUACUUCUUCAUUGCACUUAUGUGCACAGAAUGUGUGCUCCUGGCAGCCAUGGCCUACGACCGUUAUGUGGCCAUCUGCCGCCCACUCCACUACCCUACCAUUAUGAGCCACGGGCUCUGCUUUCGCUUGGCUAUGGGUUCCUGGGUCAUUGGGUUUGGCAUCUCCUUGGCAAAGAUCUACUUCAUCUCCCGCCUCAGCUUCUGUGGCCCCAAUGUCAUCAAUCACUUCUUCUGUGACAUCUCUCCAGUCCUUAACCUCUCCUGCACAGACAUGUCCAUAGCGGAGUUGGUGGACUUUAUCCUGGCCUUGGUCAUCUUCCUCUUCCCACUGUCGAUCACUGCCCUGUCCUAUGGAUGCAUUCUGGCCACCGUCUUAUGCAUGCCCACAGGAAAGCAGAAAGCAUUCUCCACUUGUGCCUCCCAUCUUGUGGUGGUCACCAUUUUCUAUUCAGCCACUAUUUUCAUGUAUGCCCGACCUCGAGCCAUCCACGCCUUCAACACGAACAAAAUCAUUUCCAUCUUCUAUGCCAUUGUCACCCCUGCUCUCAACCCUUUCAUUUACUGCCUAAGAAACCGAGAGGUCAAAGAAGCUCUGAAGAAACUGGCCUACUGCCAGGCCAUCAGAUCUGACUAAUCUAUUGAGAUUAAUUAGAAAGGACUGAUUGAG